GACCAACACUACUUUUACAAUCAUAUUCCUACUCCCGCAUACACAGUAAUUCCAUCUACGCAAGAGAAUUCAACUGCUCGUAUCUCCUGGACAAGCCGGUCUAACAUCGGCUACACAACAACAUCUACUCCAACAGCCGAUCUAAACGGACCUCCCCGACUAUUGGAUAUCGACACACCUCCAACCCUCCGCCAUGCCCCGCGACCCCAUCACUGCGCAAAUCGUCUCCUACCAAACAGAAGUCAUACCCAUCCCGGACGAGCUGGCGUACGAAACCUACGUCAAGAACGCAACUGGCAAAAUUAUCCUAGCAUGUUUCUGGCCCGAGGACAAGACAUCACGGAUCCUCAUCAACCAACUCACCAAGCGGCUCCCGGACAUCAAGAACCUGGAAGUCCAAGGUGUAUACAGCCUAGAUGUGUAUUCUCUGCCCAAGAUAGCCGAGGAGCUGGAUAUCACGUUUGUGCCUACGCUUAUGUGGUUCAAUGAUCGGGUGCAAGAUGCACUAGUCUGGCAUGAUGGGGUGAGGAUGGAAGGCGAGAAGGUGAGUGGGGGCGUGCAGAGGGUGUUGUCGAGGAUUGCGGAGAGCGGGUUGCAGGACGAUGGGGAUGACGCGUGGGAGGGGAUGGGAGGCAUAUAUCGGGGUGUUGGGUCCAGCUGAGUGGGCUCGUAUCUUUAUUUACUGCAUUCUUGGAAAGAUGGCAAGGUAUCGGGAUAUUUGAAGCAUGCAACUGUUUGCUCAUUGAACAUGCUCACACAAUUGAGCCCAUAUUGCAUUAUACAGCCUACGUGGCUACGCCUCAUGUAUCUAUACGCACUGAUCGAUAUACACUAUAAGAAA